AUGUCUAUCGUUGCUGCUUCAACGACCCUUGGUCCUUCUUCAUCAACCCAUUUGCGUCGACAUCUUGCAGAUUAUCAUCAUUAUUUCCUUCAAUAUGAUUCCCAAUCUUUGGAAGUUGAUGAAGAAAUGGGGAAACCAGUUGAAACAGUGAAAGAAGAAGUGGGGAAGAUGCUCAUAUCUACAAUGAUGGAGAAGCCCUUAACCAAAGUACUCGAACUGAUUGAUUCAAUUCAACGUUUGGGCUUGUCGUACCAUUUUGAACGUGAGAUCGAUGACCUACUGCAGCAAAUUCACAACACUUGCGUGCAAAAUAAUGAAAUUGUAACUCAUACUGAAGCUCUCCAUUCUCUCGCUCUACUCUUUAAGCUACUGAGGCAAGAAGGAUAUCCCAUUUCACCUGAUAUGUUCAACAAUUUCAAGGAUGAGCAAGGAAGCUUCAGUGAAAAAAUAGCAUCAGAUAUUGAAGGGGUCUUUAGUUUGUACGAAGCCGCGCAUCUCAGUGUUCAUGGAGAGGACAUUUUAGACGAAGCGCUUGCUUUCACUUUGAAUCAUCUUCAUCGCUCCAUCACCACCAUUGAAUCAAAACCUUUUCUUGCAGCAAAACUCCGCCAUAGCUUAAAGCAGUGUCCUUACAGGGGAUUGCCAAGGCUAGAGGCGCGAAAGUACAUUUCCAUAUAUCACUUGAAUCCUUCCUGUAAUCAAGUUCUUCUGAAGCUGGCGAAGUUAGAUUUCAAUAUGCUCCAAAAGCUGCAUCAGAAGGAGUUUGGCAAUCUCUGCAAGAUCGUCGAACUAUGCUUUUGGAUUCUUACGGUUUAUUUUGAGCCUCAGUACUCUAAAGCUAGAAGCAUAAUGACCAAAGUGAUUGCCCUGCUAUCCAUCAUUGAUGAUACAUUCGAUGCGUAUGGAACUAUAGAUGAACUAGAACUCCUCAACGAGGCAAUCCAGAGGUGGGAUAUUCGUUGCUUGGACAAUCUCCCAGAGUAUAUCAAAUUAUUUUACAAGGAACUGUUGAACGUUUUCCAAGAAAUAGAUGAAGACAUGAGGAAAGAAGGACGAUCAUACAGUGUCUACUAUUCCAAACAAGAGUUUAAAAAGGCAGUGGAAGCCUACAUGACAGAAGCAAGAUGGUUAAAUAAGAAGCAUAUUCCGACAACAGAGGAGUACAUGAAUGUAUCAACAGUAUCAACUUGUUGUCCAGCUCUGUCCGCUGCUUCUUUCAUCGGCAUGGGAGAUAUAGCCUCCGAGGAUGUCUUCAAGUGGGCCCAAACUCACCCUAAAGUCAUUAAAGCUUCUGCACUUAUUUGCAGACUCAUGGAUGACAUCGUCUCUAGUGAGUUUGAGAAGAAAAGAGAGCACAUUGCGUCACUGAUAGAAUGCUACAUGAAGGAUUAUGGAGUGUCAAAGCAGGAAGCCAUUGGUGAACUUGAGAAGAAGAUCAGGAGUGCGUGGAAGGAUAUAAAUGAAGAGUGUGUGAGACCAAAUAUCAGCCAAGUAGUGAUGCCAAACCCCAUUCUGAUGCGACUUGUGAACAUGACUCGUUUCAUGAGUGAGAAAGAGUGA